GGAUUCGGUCAGAGGCUUAGACACAAAGGAGGAAGACCCCUCAACACCGGGGCUGCCCUCCAAUACGUCAGAGACAACGUCUUUACAAACUCCUCCGGAAGUAGGCGCUAUCAAGGAGUUCCACAGAUGUUGAUCCUGCUAACUGGGGGGAGAUCUUUUGACAAUGUAGACACCCCAGCCUCUGCUCUCAAGCAGCAGGGCAUCUUUGUGGUUAGCAUUGGAACAAGGAACUCUGACAGUAGAGAGCUGCAGAAGAUAUCCCAUGAGCCGAGUUACGCUCUAUCAGUGUCUGAGUUCUCUGACCUCCCAGGUGUCCAAGAACAGCUGUCCUCAGUAAUGAGCACAGCUCUAGUGAGGGCCACGCCCGUAACACCAACAGUGACUGUUGUGAUAAAACCACAAGGAAAGGAUUAUGUGUUCUUGCUGGAUGGAUCCGAUGGUAGUAGAACUGGAUUCUCUGCUAUGAGGGACUUUGUUCAAGCAGUAGUGGAGAGACUGAGUGUGGAUGACAACAGAGACCGCGUCUCAGUUGUUCAGUACAGAGAGACAGCUGUCCAGUUCUACCUGAACACAUACGCGACAAAAGGCCAGAUCCUUGACACUGUCAGAGGUUUGAGGCACAAAGGCGGAAGACCCCUCAACACUGGUGUAGCUCUCCAGUACUUGAGGGACAACGUCUUCACGGCCUCUGCUGGAAGCAGGCGUCUGGAAGGAGUGCCACAGAUCCUAAUAUUGCUAAGUGGUGGAAGAUCUUUUGACAGCGUUGACGCACCAGCCUCUGCUCUCAAACAGCUGGGUGUCUUGACUUUUGCAAUUGGAACCAGAGGCUCUGAUGUGAGGGAACUGCAGAAGAUAUCCCACGACCCCACUAAUGUGGUGUCUGUGUCUGAAUUCACCGACCUUCCUGGUGUCCAACAGCAAAUUAUGUCCGCCGUGGAAGCUGUGGUCAUUGACGAGACCGUGGAACCACCAACUGUACUUGUUGAAACUGCCAAAAAGGAUGUUGUAUUCCUUCUGGAUGGUUCUGAUAGCACUAGGAAUGGCUUCCCUGCCAUGCGUGAGUUUGUUGAGACAGUGGUGGAUAAACUCAAUGUGGGAGAAAACAAGGACCGCGUCUCUGUGGUCCAGUACAGCAGAGAAGCAGAGGUCAACUUCUAUCUGAACACACUUAAGACAAAAGAGGAUGUUGUGGAUUCGGUCAGAGGGCUUAGACACAAAGGAGGAACCCUCAACACCGGGGCUGCCCUCCAAUACGUCAGAGACAACGUCUUUACAAACUCCUCCGGAAGUAGGCGCUAUCAAGGAGUUCCACAGAUGUUGAUCCUGCUAACUGGGGGGAGAUCUUUUGACAAUGUAGACACCCCAGCCUCUGCUCUCAAGCAGCAGGGCAUCUUUGUGGUUAGCAUUGGAACAAGGAACUCUGACAGUAGAGAGCUGCAGAAGAUAUCCCAUGAGCCGAGUUACGCUCUAUCAGUGUCUGAGUUCUCUGACCUCCCAGGUGUCCAAGAACAGCUGUCCUCAGUAAUGAGCACAGCUCUAGUGAGGGCCACGCCCGUAACACCAACAGUGACUGUUGUGAUAAAACCACAAGGAAAGGAUUAUGUGUUCUUGCUGGAUGGAUCCGAUGGUAGUAGAACUGGAUUCUCUGCUAUGAGGGACUUUGUUCAAGCAGUAGUGGAGAGACUGAGUGUGGAUGACAACAGAGACCGCGUCUCAGUUGUUCAGUACAGCAGAGAUCCAGCUGUCCAGUUCUACCUGAACACAUACGCGACAAAAGGCCAGAUCCUUGACACUGUCAGAGGUUUGAGGCACAAAGGCGGAAGACCCCUCAACACUGGUGUAGCUCUCCAGUACUUGAGGGACAACGUCUUCACGGCCUCUGCUGGAAGCAGGCGUCUGGAAGGAGUGCCACAGAUCCUAAUAUUGCUAAGUGGUGGAAGAUCUUUUGACAGCGUUGACGCACCAGCCUCUGCUCUCAAACAGCUGGGUGUCUUGACUUUUGCAAUUGGAACCAGAGGCUCUGAUGUGAGGGAACUGCAGAAGAUAUCCCACGACCCCACUAAUGUGGUGUCUGUGUCUGAAUUCACCGACCUUCCUGGUGUCCAACAGCAAAUUAUGUCCGCCGUGGAAGCUGUGGUCAUUGACGAGACCGUGGAACCACCAACUGUACUUGUUGAAACUGCCAAAAAGGAUGUUGUAUUCCUUCUGGAUGGUUCUGAUAGCACUAGGAAUGGCUUCCCUGCCAUGCGUGAGUUUGUUGAGACAGUGGUGGAUAAACUCAAUGUGGGAGAAAACAAGGACCGCGUCUCUGUGGUCCAGUACAGCAGAGAAGCAGAGGUCAACUUCUAUCUGAACACACUUAAGACAAAAGAGGAUGUUGUGGAUUCGGUCAGAGGGCUUAGACACAAAGGAGGAAGACCCCUCAACACCGGGGCUGCCCUCCAAUACGUCAGAGACAACGUCUUUACAAACUCCUCCGGAAGUAGGCGCUAUCAAGGAGUUCCACAGAUGUUGAUCCUGCUAACUGGGGGGAGAUCUUUUGACAAUGUAGACACCCCAGCCUCUGCUCUCAAGCAGCAGGGCAUCUUUGUGGUUAGCAUUGGAACAAGGAACUCUGACAGUAGAGAGCUGCAGAAGAUAUCCCAUGAGCCGAGUUACGCUCUAUCAGUGUCUGAGUUCUCUGACCUCCCAGGUGUCCAAGAACAGCUGUCCUCAGUAAUGAGCACAGCUCUAGUGAGGGCCACGCCCGUAACACCAACAGUGACUGUUGUGAAAAAACCACAAGGAAAGGAUUAUGUGUUCUUGCUGGAUGGAUCCGAUGGUAGUAGAACUGGAUUCUCUGCUAUGAGGGACUUUGUUCAAGCAGUAGUGGAGAGACUGAGUGUGGAUGACAACAGAGACCGCGUCUCAGUUGUUCAGUACAGCAGAGAUCCAGCUGUCCAGUUCUACCUGAACACAUACGCGACAAAAGGCCAGAUCCUUGACACUGUCAGAGGUUUGAGGCACAAAGGCGGAAGACCCCUCAACACUGGUGUAGCUCUCCAGUACUUGAGGGACAACGUCUUCACGGCCUCUGCUGGAAGCAGGCGUCUGGAAGGAGUGCCACAGAUCCUAAUAUUGCUAAGUGGUGGAAGAUCUUUUGACAGCGUUGACGCACCAGCCUCUGCUCUCAAACAGCUGGGUGUCUUGACUUUUGCAAUUGGAACCAGAGGCUCUGAUGUGAGGGAACUGCAGAAGAUAUCCCACGACCCCACUAAUGUGGUGUCUGUGUCUGAAUUCACCGACCUUCCUGGUGUCCAACAGCAAAUUAUGUCCGCCGUGGAAGCUGUGGUCAUUGACGAGACCGUGGAACCACCAACUGUACUUGUUGAAACUGCCAAAAAGGAUGUUGUAUUCCUUCUGGAUGGUUCUGAUAGCACUAGGAAUGGCUUCCCUGCCAUGCGUGAGUUUGUUGAGACAGUGGUGGAUAAACUCAAUGUGGGAGAAAACAAGGACCGCGUCUCUGUGGUCCAGUACAGCAGAGAAGCAGAGGUCAACUUCUAUCUGAACACACUUAAGACAAAAGAGGAUGUUGUGGAUUCGGUCAGAGGGCUUAGACACAAAGGAGGAAGACCCCUCAACACCGGGGCUGCCCUCCAAUACGUCAGAGACAACGUCUUUACAAACUCCUCCGGAAGUAGGCGCUAUCAAGGAGUUCCACAGAUGUUGAUCCUGCUAACUGGGGGGAGAUCUUUUGACAAUGUAGACACCCCAGCCUCUGCUCUCAAGCAGCAGGGCAUCUUUGUGGUUAGCAUUGGAACAAGGAACUCUGACAGUAGAGAGCUGCAGAAGAUAUCCCAUGAGCCGAGUUACGCUCUAUCAGUGUCUGAGUUCUCUGACCUCCCAGGUGUCCAAGAACAGCUGUCCUCAGUAAUGAGCACAGCUCUAGUGAGGGCCACGCCCGUAACACCAACAGUGACUGUUGUGAAAAAACCACAAGGAAAGGAUUAUGUGUUCUUGCUGGAUGGAUCCGAUGGUAGUAGAACUGGAUUCUCUGCUAUGAGGGACUUUGUUCAAGCAGUAGUGGAGAGACUGAGUGUGGAUGACAACAGAGACCGCGUCUCAGUUGUUCAGUACAGCAGAGAUCCAGCUGUCCAGUUCUACCUGAACACAUACGCGACAAAAGGCCAGAUCCUUGACACUGUCAGAGGUUUGAGGCACAAAGGCGGAAGACCCCUCAACACUGGUGUAGCUCUCCAGUACUUGAGGGACAACGUCUUCACGGCCUCUGCUGGAAGCAGGCGUCUGGAAGGAGUGCCACAGAUCCUAAUAUUGCUAAGUGGUGGAAGAUCUUUUGACAGCGUUGACGCAGCAGCCUCUGCUCUCAAACAGCUGGGUGUCUUGACUUUUGCAAUUGGAACCAGAGGCUCUGAUGUGAGGGAACUGCAGAAGAUAUCCCACGACCCCACUAAUGUGGUGUCUGUGUCUGAAUUCACCGACCUUCCUGGUGUCCAACAGCAAAUUAUGUCCGCCGUGGAAGCUGUGGUCAUUGACGAGACCGUGGAACCACCAACUGUACUUGCUGAGUCACAAGGACCCCGGAAAGAUAUUGUAUUCCUUGUUGAUGGAUCUGAUGGGGUUGGACGCGAAUUCGCCAUCAUUCAAGAGUUUAUCCGCAGGGUCGUGGAGAGUCUAAAUGUCGGCGAGAGUAAGAUCCAAAUUGCCGUGGUCCAGUAUGGAGACACCGCUCAGGCUGACAUGUACCUGAACACACAUACAACCAAAGAAGGUGUUAUGAAUGGCAUUACGCAAAUGCGCCAGCGAGGAGGCCGGCAACGUAACCUGGGUCAGGCUUUGCAGUUCGUCAAUCAGGAUGUUCUCACAGAAGCACGAGGUAGCAGGAAGCAAGAUGGUGUACCCCAAUUUGUGAUCGUUGUGUCCGCUGGACCAUCUACAGAUGAUAUCAGUCGUGCAGCAAAUUCCCUUAAACAAUCCAGAGUCCUUCCAUUAAGCAUUGGAACCAGGGAUGUUAAUCCUAAGGAGUUGCAAGUGGUGUCGUAUGUGUCCAAUUUUGCCUUCACUGUAGAUGAUCUCCCUGGUCUGUACAGAGUCCAAGAAAACAUAAUCAACACUAUCACUGAGUUGUCAGAUGAUGACAUUGAGAGCAUGAGACCAGAGUUCUCAACAUAUGAAGUAAUCUCACCAGCAGGACCACCUACAGGAGGGGACAAGAGGGAUGUCGUGUUUCUAAUUGAUGGCACCACGGCAACACGUAGUGAAUUUCCUUCCGUUCGUGAAAUGAUAAGAAGAGUUGUGGAGAAGAUGGAUGUAGGCAUGGAUAAAGUCAGAGUUUCCGUGGUGCAGUACAGUGAUGAACCAAAGCUAGAAUUCCUUCUGAAUGAACACUCCACCAAAAAUGAGGUGAGGCAGGCUGUGAUGAAACUUCGAAACAAAGGAGGGAAUCGUCUGAACACAGGUCGUGCUAUUGAGUGGGUUUCCAGAAACAUCUUCCAGCGGUCGGCAGGAAGCCGAAUUGAGGAAGGUGUGCCUCAGUUCCUCAUUGUAGUUACAGGUGGAAAGUCUACUGAUGAUGUAUCUGAAUCAGCCUACCAACUUAAGCGAAACCAAGUAGCACCACUGGCCGUUGGUUCAAGAAAUGCAGAUCCAGAUGAACUGAGACAGAUUUCUCUAAAACCAGAGCUUGUAUAUACAGUUGAUAGUUUCCAACAGCUUCCAGGAGUGGAGUCACAGAUCUUAAAUUCUGUCAAAACAAUAUCCACAGCUGAUAUCAUCAGUAGUAUCGGCAGCCUUCCCACUCCAGUGGAUGAUGUCAAACUGGAUCUUGGGGAAAAGGACAUUAUCUUCCUUAUUGAUGGCUCAGAUAAUACAGGUCCUGUCGGGAUUGCUCAUAUUCGUGACUUCAUCCUCAACAUUGUCCAGCAACUCGAUGUACAGCCUAAUCAAGUGCGUGUGGCUCUUGUUCAGUAUGCAGACACUAUCCAAACAGAGUUCUCGCUCAACUCGCACAACAACAAGAAAUCUGUUAUAUCUGCAAUCAAAAGACUUCGUCAGAUCGGUGGACGGUCAUCAGAUUUGGCUGAUGCCAUUGAAUAUGUCCUACGAAAUGAGUUGCAGCAAUCUGCUGGCCUUCGUCCGUCCGCAUCCCAGCAUCUUGUAGUUCUCACAGGUGACCGUUCCUCCCAAGAUGUUUACAGCUAUGGACCUCGUCUUAAGGACUCGCGGGUCAACUGCAUCGGCAUUGGAACUGGUGGUGCUGACAAAAGGCAGCUUACCCAAAUUGCCACAUCCUCAGGUGAUGUUCUUCAGGUUCCUUCAUUCCCUGGCCUGCCAGCAAUACAGGAGUCAUUUAUUGCCAGGCUGAGUGGGAUUACGAUUCAACCUACGCCACCAAGUUACGUUCCUAGUUUACCUCCACCUAAAAAGGCUGAUAUAGUGUUUUUGGUGGAUGGCUCCAUUAAUUUUGGCCGGGACAAAUUCAAACAAGUGAUGGGAUUUGUCAGCAACCUAGUUGAUCUGUUCUUCACCGAGAGAGACAACCUGCAGAUUGGUCUGGCACAAUAUGCAGCAGAUGUGACCGAUGGUUUUUACUUGAACACCUACAAUGACAGAGAAGCCAUUCUGGAAGCCAUUGAACAAGUGGAGUACAAAGGUGGACGUAGAAUCAACACUGGUGCAGCCAUUCGCCAUGUUCAAGAUGUUUACUUCACCAAAGAAAGGGGCAGUAGGGUGGAUGAAGGCACUCCGCAGAUCCUUAUGGUUAUCACUGGAGGACGCUCAGCUGAUGACAGCAAAACAGCAGCACUUGGUUUGAAGAGUAAAGGUGUGAGAGUCUUUGCUGUGGGUGUGGGAAACAUUCAGAAUGAAUUGGAAAACCUUGCAAGUGAGUCCUCCACUGUGGCUCGUGCAAGUAACUUUCAAGAACUCUCAGAGCUCAAUGAGCAGAUCUUGGGGACUUUGGAUGAUGAAGUAAAGGGAAGGCUGUGUACUGAAGGAACGGAUAAAACCUGCAGCAUUGAGGUGUUGGUAGGAUUUGAUGUGUCUGCCCAGGACAUCUUCAGAAGUCAGACCAACCUCCAGAGCAAGAUGGGUGCCAUUCUCCAGAGGAUUUCCAAAGUGGAAUCUAUCAGUUGCUUAUCUGGGCAGACUCCCUCAGUGCAAGUGGGCAUGCUGGCCAUGGACUCUGCCUCUGAGCCAGUCCAUUUAGACUUCACAGAAAAUGCGAAUGAGCUGUUUGGGGACUUUAGAGCCCUGCAAAAUCGUGGUCCCUUUGUGCUCGAUGGCAAGACAAUCUCAGCUUACACCAAUAGAUUCAAAACCAGACAAGACAACACUGUCAAGGUUGUCAUCCAUUUGACUGAUGGCCUUGACGCCCCAUAUGCUGAAAUGAAGAGACGAGUUGAGGAACUUCGGAUGUCAGGUGUGCACAGUUUUAUCCUGGUUGGGCUGGAGAGAGUGCCGAAAUUCGAGGAGGCUACGCUGCUUGAAUUUGGUCGUGGCUUCAGGUACACUAGACCUUUACGACUGAAUAUCAUGGACUUGGAUUAUGAACUUCUGGAAGAACUGGACAAUAUCGCUGAAAGGGAGUGUUGUGGAGUGCCAUGCAAAUGUACUGGUACCAGAGGUGACAGGGGAGGAGUUGGACUGCCAGGGUUAAAGGGAGGUCCAGGAUUGCCAGGAAGCCAGGGACAUCCUGGAGAUGAAGGUGGACCUGGAGAGAGAGGUCCUCCUGGUGUUAAUGGAACUCAGGGUUUCCAGGGAUGUCCAGGACAGAGAGGUGUCAAGGGCUCACGUGGAUACUCAGGAGAAAAGGGUGAAUUUGGAGAGAUUGGGCUGGAUGGCAUCAAUGGAGAAGAGGGCAAAAGUGGAGUGGCCGGUGCUCCAGGGGACAGAGGAAACCCUGGCAGAAGAGGUCCUAAAGGAGCCAAGGGGCAAGCAGGAGACAUAGGAGAAGUGGGAAUCAGAGGAGACCCUGGAGCAAGCGGACAAGAUAACAACCAGAGAGGACCCAAAGGAGACCCCGGUGACGCUGGACCAGCGGGAGAACCUGGUGAGGACGGAACUCAGGGAGCUGGAGGUGAAAGGGGAAGAAAGGGAUCCGAUGGCAGAAGAGGCUCACCUGGGCAACCUGGAAAUCCUGGAAGACCGGGAGCUGAUGGUGUGCAGGGAGAGCCUGGUGUUGGAGGAUCUAGAGGUCCAUCAGGACCAAAUGGUGCACCAGGGCCCAGAGGUGAAGAUGGGAACCCCGGACCUAGGGGCCCAGGAGGUAUCCCAGGUCCUGCUGGAGAGAAAGGUAGAAGAGGACCUCUGGGUCGCAAGGGAGAGCCAGGAGAUCCAGGACCUAAGGGUGUCAUCGGACCCCUUGGCCCCAUUGGAGAGCCCGGUGAAGAUGGUAGAGAUGGCAUCGGUUUUCCAGGGCCUGACGGAAGAAAGGGCGAUACCGGUUUCCCAGGAUUUGCAGGACCCAAGGGAGCAGCUGGGGACCCUGGCACCCCAGGUGGACCUGGACCCAGAGGAAAUCGUGGACAGAGGGGGGUCUCUGGGAAUCCUGGCAUUCCUGGCCAGAAGGGAGAGGUUGGAUAUCCUGGACCAUAUGGUGCCAAAGGACCAAGAGGACCCGGUGUUGUGGCCUGCGACCUUGUCAAGAAGAUAAGAGACAACUGUCCUUGCUGCUAUGGUAAACAGGAAUGCCCGCUCCUCCCCACUGAGCUGGCCUUCGCCCUGGACAUCUCUCAGGGAGUUAACCGUGCAAACUUCAACAACAUGCGUGACACCGUCCUGCGCCUGGUCAAAGACAUCACCAUCACCGAGAGCAACUGUCCGAGAGGAGCUCGAGUCGCUUUGACCCUGUACAACAGCGAGGUGACCACUGAGAUCCGGUUUGCUGACGGCAUGAAGAAACGCGCCCUGGUGGAGCACAUCGAGGGCCUGCAGAUCCCACAGAACAACAAACCUCGCAGCCUGGAAUCAGCAAUGAGCUUCGUGGCCCAGAACACCUUCAAGAGGGUGCGCAGCGGUUUCCUCAUGAGGAAGGUGGCCGUAUUCUUUGUUGGCGCGCCAGUCACUCAGACACAGCCGAUCACAAACGCAGCUCUCCGCCUCCAUGACGCUGGAAUCGCCUCGCUGUUCUUGGUCACACGUGAGGACAGAGCACUUAGCAGAGCACUGCAGGUCAACAACACAGCACUGGGCCAGGUGAUUGUCCUUCCUAGCGCUGGAAGUUCACAGUACAAUUCAGUCCUCAAUAAGGUUAUGAGCUGCCACGUCUGCCUAGAUACCUGCUCUCCGGACCCAAUGUGCGACUACGUGCCCCCAGCGGCCGGCCGAGACAGGAGGUCUUUCACCUCAGACGUGGACAUUGACAUGGUUUUUGUAAUGGACAGCUCUGAGUCUACCUACCCGUCCGUGUUCACUGAGACCAAACGCUACAUAGCUCACAUAGUGGAGCAGCUUCAUGUCUCCGCUGACCCUGUGUCAUCACCCCACCACGCCAGAGUGUCUGUCAUCCAACAAGCACCUUAUGGGUUCCUCCUCAACAAAACUGGCUCCCCCAUCCACGUGGACAUCGGCUUGACCGACCACCGCUCAGCUCAGGAUAUUGUCAAAUUCCUGUUGGAGAAGACGCCCCAGUUAGAGGGCGGCCGUGCGCUGGCUGCGGCUAUCGAGUCGACGGUGGAGCAGGUGUUUGAGAAGGCGCCUCUGCAUCGCGAUAAGAAGGUGCUCAUGCUGUUUGUGACAGGAAGCGUGGAGGAAGAAGAAGAGCAGCUGGUGCGCGUUGCCACUGAGGUCAAAUGCAGAGGCUACUUCGUGGUCAUCUUCGGCGUGGGCCAAGGACUGAGCGCCAGGGAUGCUAGUGUCUUGUCCCGCAUGGCCAGCGAACCUUCAGAUGUCUUCUUCAAGCGGCUGGAGAGCAUCUCACACUUUUAUGACAAACACAUCCAGACAUUCGCCCAGCUGAUGCCCAAGUAUAUCAGCAUUGAAAAUGCUUUCUACAUGUCACCUGAAGUCUCCCAAAACUGCAAGUGGGUGCAGAGUGACCAACCACUAAAGAGACCCUUCGUGCCUUCAUCCCAACAGCCGGAGAAACAUCCGAACGAUCCUCAAAAUCAACAAGCAGCUCAUCCAAGGAAACACAAAGAUUCAGAGGAGCUGCACGUCUCUAACGUCACCUCGAGCAGCCUGAGAUUGCACUGGAGCAGAGCAGACCCUAAGCUGUUUGUGUACUUUGAGGUGGUGGUCACACGGCUGCGUGACCACGCCCUGGUGCUGAAGACCAACGUGUCGGGCACAGAGAUUUCUGUGGACAACUUGGAAAGUGCUCAGACAUAUCACGCCGUAGUCACAGGACACACAGCGGACGGUCAGAUCGUCUCCACCCGCAAAGGCAUCAUGACGACCAAAGCAGCAGAGCAGAAGCCAGCCAGCCACGUCAUCAGUACUGUUAAUACCACACCACUGGAUAAACCAGAAACUGUUAAUGAACUCACAGACCCAUGCUCACUUGACUAUGACCCCGGAAUGCCGUGCAAAGACUAUCAGGCUAAGUGGUUCUUUGACAGAAAGAAUGGGUUCUGUACGCAGUUCUGGUAUGGAGGUUGUGGAGGCAAUGAAAAUAGGUUCGACUCUGAGGCCCUCUGCUUGAAAAACUGCAUGAGGUCAGAGCCAGAGCCUCAGCCAAAGGUGCAGCAGGUCGAGCAGGUGGAGAUCCUCCCGUUGCCUGUGACCUCUACCACCACAGACAUUUGCCAGCUUCCUAAAGAGGAAGGAACUUGUGCCAAAUUUGUCCUGAAGUGGCACUACGAUGCCCCCAGCAAGAGCUGUGCACGCUUCUGGUACGGAGGCUGCGGUGGAAACCAGAACCGCUUCGACACGUUUGAGCAGUGUGUGAAGGCCUGUGCAGAGCCAGCACCGGUCAACCAAGGCGUCAUUGCUUCAAUGAGAACAUAGGAGAAAAGCAUCAGACGUGGCCAAGCUUCUGAGGAAAGCCGAGCAAAGUGGCCAUACUGUAAAGAUGCAAAACCAAAGUAAUGGUGGCUGCACUGGAUUCCACACAAAUGAACUUCAUCCCCAAAAUUCUUGAAAUAGUUUUUUUCUUCUUUUAUUUUUUCUCUUCACAUCAACAAAGAAAGCAACACGAUUGACAGCAUGUUUCGUUUGAACCUACUGGUGCUACAUAGUAUAUUUGUUUUACAGAGUUGUUAAGUGUCAACUUUGUAUAGUUAAGAUUUUUGGGAACAAUGACAUCAUACAAGUUUUCAUACUUUUCUUUUUUUAAAAUGCAGUUUUAUGAUUAAAUAAGAAACAUAUAUGAAUAUCUUGGACAGGGAUUAGCAAUAAAUUAGUACAAGCAGGACUGGCAUUAUUCAAUAGAGUAAUCUUUUUUUUUUUUAUUGUGUUUUUAGUUUAAUUUUUUUUCAUGCCACAUUCACAUAGUAACAUUGGCUUGAAUUGUGUUUAACCUCCCUUGAUGCCUGUGGAAUCAUUACUUCACUAUUUCAGCAUCACGAAAUCCACAGCAAUGUUUACACAAGUCUUGUGAGACAGUGACCAACUGCUUGGAUACAAACAUUAAUGUAAUGUUAAGUGCACUUCUGGAUCCAUCGCCUCAAACUAAUAUUUUCCAGCUAUUGAGAAACAGAAUGUACUUGUCAAGCUGUUUUAAUUUUUAUUUUUUAUUUUUGCUGAAAUUUGUGUUUCACCGGGGUAUAAGGGGAAAUAAAAAUGAAUUAGACUUUCUAAUAAACACAA